AUGGCCACAUCACCCCACCUCCUCACCCUCCCACCCGAAAUUCGCGAAGAGAUCUACCGCCUCAUCCUCAACCCCGACGUCAACCGCCUCCACCACGAAGACGAAUACACCUCCUACCGCUACACCCCCUCCUUCGUCCUCUUCCACAUCAACAAGCAAAUCUACCACGAAUCCCGCAAAAUCUUCCGCGAACUCAACACCUUCGUCCGCAUCGACACCCCCUGGCCAGAAGCGCAGAAUCAUGUCGCAAUCGAGGGCCACGUGCCUAUUAUCGUUUCAGGUGAGGGAGCCGUCGGGUUCAAGGACCAUAGCUUGAAUGUUGGGAUCGAUGCGCCAGGGCAUGGGAGUGUGGAUUGGGAGACGCAGUGUUUUAUUAUAUUGCUGGAGGAUUUGGACAAGUUUACGCAGAUGUGGUAUUAUGCGGAUCUGACGCAUCCCGGGCUGAAUGAGCAUUUAAGGUUGAAGUUGCAGUUGAGGGAUCCGUAUGCGGUGGAGUGGGAGGAGAAGAGGAUGCCGAGGGCGCUGCAGCAGAGGUUGUUGUUGCCGUUUGGGAAGGUGAAGGGGUUGUAUGGGACGGUGUUUGCGGAUGUUGAUAAGGGGGUUAAGCCGUUCACAAAGAUCGAGAAGGAGAUGAGGGAGGUACAAGCGAGGCCGCAUGAGAGUCCAGAGCAUUGUCUGAGGGAGGCGACGAGGUUCAAGUUUGAGGGGAACACGGAGUUGAAGGAGGGACGGUAUGAGGCGGCGUUAGAGAAGUAUAAGCAGUCGUGGACCGCUAUGCAUGUAGUGGUCAAAGGCCGGCAGCGCUUUAUACAUGCUGAUCACUUCUUCGGCCGUGAAAUGCGGGAGGAACCAUAUUGUGGGAAGAAUGGGCAGUCAGAACGGCUCCUGCUGCGCGUGCAGCUUGUUGCGAAUACGUGUCAGGUCUACCUGAAGCAAGAGGAAUGGGAGCUGUGUCGGCAUUGGGGUAUGCGGAGUAUUAGCAUGUUGAGGGAAGCGAUGGGUGUGGAUGAGACAAUGACAUUAUCGCCGGAGGCUGAGGCUGUGACUUCGUUCCCAGCUGCGGCGGAGAUGGGCAAAAUUUACUACCGGACUGCUGUGGCAUGGAAGAUGCUGGAUGAGAAGAGUGAGGCGAGGAGGCUGCUGAGGGUUGCGAAGAUCUAUUUGCCGAAUGAUAAGUCUGUGGAUCGGGAGAUUGCCGCUGUUGCGUUGUGA